AUGACUCAAGAUAAACCAGCCGUCGUCUGCGUCUUCUGCGGCGCAACAGCAGGAAGAGAUCCAGUACACCUGGAGGCAGCCCGGGCUCUAGCCUACGAAUUCCACAAAAACAAUGUCCAGCUCGUAUACGGCGGCGGCACCGCAGGACUAAUGGGCGAGAUCGCAAAGACACUAGUCUCCCUAUCUGGUCCAAAAGCGUGCACGGUCGAGAAGACCUCUGCAACCGCGGGAGGCAAGACAGCUGAGCGAGUCGUCUCCGAAUCCUUGGACGGAGAUGAAAUCCCUGAAUCGGAAUACGGGGUUACGACUAUCGUGCCGGAUAUGCAUACGCGCAAGCGGUUGAUGGCGACCAAGGUUAUGGAGGGUGGACCUGGAUCUGGCUUUGUCACGCUGGCUGGUGGGUUUGGGACGAUUGAGGAGGUUAUGGAGAUGACGACGUGGAAUCAGUUGGGUAUUCAUCGUGUUGGGGUCGUGUUGUUGAAUAUAAAUGGCUACUGGGAUGGGUUGCUGGCGUGGGUGCGCAAUGCGGUCAAGGAGGGGUUUAUCAGCGCUGAGAAUGGGUCGAUUUUGGCUGAGGCGGUUGAUGUAAAGGAGGUGUGGCCCAAGUUGUUGGAGUAUCGUUGUAGCUCGGGUCGGUUUCAGUUGAACUGGGGUGAGGAGUGA